AUGGAAAAGAUUCAAUUUUAUCGUUCAAAACUAGAGACGAAGGAAGUAUCAUGUGGAAUGAAACAAAACGAGUGGAAUAAUUGUUCAGGUCAAUAUCCCAUAUCAUAUUUUAGAAGAGCAGCUUCACAAUUAAUCAAAAAAAAUCAAAUCACUAUCGAUUCAGAUUUGAGAAGUGGCGAUAUAACAGAUCUAUCGAAUAUUGCAAAUAUAGAUGGAUACUAUAACGACCAUUGUUAUCUUCAAGUAGAAACGUGGGAACAACUAAAAGCAAAAAUGGAGAACAAUAUAUUAGCGAAUAAGGAUGAAAAAUCUUUCAAGUGGCUUGAAGCGAAAAAUAUUAAAAGACUUCCAUUGUCAAAGCAACUUGUAUGCGGAAGAAAAUGGGAACUUUCCCAACAUUGGGAAAAGCGAACUACUGAUGAAGAAGAGCAAGUCUUGUUCAAGUUUGAAAAAGUCAGCUUUUUUAUAGAAAUUACUGUUUUUUCAAAUAUAUUUCCUGGAUUUUUGUUUCCUAUUCCUUAA